CAAAAAUCGACUGUCAAAAUGCUCGAUCCCUUCUCGCUCUUUUUCCGGGCAUCUUUGAUGUACGAGUGAACACAUUUCACUGUGAACACAAAUUAAUUUCGAUAUGGUUUUCGGAUCAAAGGUGAUCAAGGCCGGCGGAGCCGAGCCCGAUGCGUUCGAGGGACAGAUCGGCCAGGCCAUCCUGGAGCUGGAGAUGAACUCGGACAUGACCCCACAGCUGCGGGAUCUGUACAUCACCCGUGCCCGCGAAGUGGAAUUCCUUGGCAAGAAGGCCAUCAUCAUCUACGUGCCGGUGCCAAAGCAGAAGGCCUUCCAGAAGGUACAAAUCCGUCUGGUGCGUGAGCUGGAGAAGAAGUUCUCCGGCAAGCACGUCGUCUUCAUCGGCGAACGGCGCAUCCUGCCGAAACCGAAGCGUGGCCGUCGCGACCCCAACAAGCAGAAGCGCCCACGAUCCCGCACCCUGACGGCCGUCUACGACGCCAUCCUGGAGGAUCUGGUCUUCCCGGCUGAGGUCGUCGGCAAGCGGAUCCGGGUCAAGCUGGACGGAUCCCAGCUGGUGAAGGUCCACCUGGACAAGAACCAACAGACCACCAUUGAACACAAGGUCGACACAUUCACGGCGGUGUACAAGAAGCUGACCGGACGUGACGUUACGUUCGAAUUCCCCGAACCCUACCUGUAAACCAAUCUAGGUACAUAAUGUUAAGAAGUGAGCUGUGUGCGAAGUGGUAGUUGGCGUGCACGGAAAACUGAUGGAAAUGUGCGUUGCUUGUAACAUCUUUUAGUUUAUAUCCUGGUGAUGAAAGACGGCACCUCACUGCUCCAUACACCGACAGUGAAACAAUAAAAACAUAAAAAGAGGAAAAGUCAACAAAGGUA